GACUUGGUUGGUCUUUCUUUCAAUCUCAAAUUUUGCAACUUUAUCAAUAAUAUAAUAAUGUCUUAGAUAAUUGGUUGCCCUGGGGUUGUUGAGCCUGUGCCUAAUUCAACCAUGCACCUCUCAACUUUUGCUAAUAUCUUUGAAAGAAUCAAACUUUUGGUGUUUUUUUGUUCCCAAUUUUGAAGACUUUAAUUUUUGUGGGUUUUGAUUGUUUAGUGGGAGGAAAGAAGAGUUUCAGAAGAUGGGUUCUUAUGGAAUGCUUGCCAGGAGGGUUGUGGAGACUGACAUGCCAGUCAUGGUUCAGAUACAGCAAUUAAUUCGAGGAGCCAAAAAUGCUGUGUCACUUGCUCAGGGAGUAGUGUACUGGAAACCACCCAAACAGGCAUUGGAUAAGGUCAAAGAACUUGUGGAGGAGCCUUCAGUUAGUUGUUACGGUGCUGAUGAAGGUCUUCCUGAACUUAGAGAAGCAUUGACAAGAAAGUUGUGUCAAGAAAAUAAUUUGCACAAGUCUUCAGUGAUGGUCACAGCAGGAGCAAAUCAGGCAUUUGUGAAUCUGGUUCUUACAUUGUGCGAUGCGGGGGAUUCAGUUGUCAUGUUUGCUCCAUACUAUUUCAAUGCCUAUAUGUCCUUCCAGAUGACAGGCAUCACUAAGAUAUUAGUGGGUCCUGGUAAUCCAAAGACUCUUUAUCCAGAUGCAGACUGGUUAGAAAAGACAUUGCUGGAAACUAAGCCUGUUCCAAAGCUUGUUACUGUUGUUAAUCCUGGCAACCCAUCUGGUACUUACAUUCCCGAGCCGCUACUUAAGAGGAUCUCAGACAUAUGCAAAAAUGCUGGUUGCUGGCUUCUUGUAGAUAAUACAUACGAGUAUUUUAUGUAUGAUGGCCUGAAACACUCCUGCCUGGAAGGAGAUCACAUAGUCAACAUCUUUUCUUUCUCAAAAGCCUAUGGGAUGAUGGGAUGGCGAGUUGGAUACAUUGCAUACCCUACAGAAGUGGAAGGCCUUGCGACUCAACUCCUCAAGGUCCAAGACAACAUACCGAUCUGUGCUUCAUUAAUUUCACAGCGACUAGCCCUUCACUCGUUAGAGGUGGGACCUGAAUGGGUUCACGAACGAGUCAAAGAUCUUGUGAAGAAUCGAGAAAUAGUUAUAGAAGCACUCUCACCACUGGGUGAAGGUGCCGUUCAGGGUGGAGAAGGUGCCAUCUACUUGUGGGCAACUCUACCGGAAGAAUACGCUGAUGAUUUCAAGGUUGUUCACUGGCUUGCUCACAGGCAUGGGGUGGUUGUGAUCCCAGGGAGUUCAUGUGGGUCCCCAGGGCAUUUGAGGGUUUCCUUUGGUGGGCUGAUGGAAAAUGACUGUCGAGCAGCUGCUGACAGGCUGAAGAGAGGAUUGGAAGAAUUGGUAAAACAUGGAUUGGUGCAGUAAGAAAUGUAACUUUACAUUGAAUUGAAAUACAGAAUUGAGCCAUUCACCAGUUUACAGUUGUAGAACUUGUUUCUUUUGAAUAAUUGAAGGGGACCUGCAAAGUUGCUCAGAUG